ACGGCUUCCGAUUUCAAACACAAACUGAAAACAUAUAGACGAAUUAUUCUCAGGAAACAACAAGAACAACAACAAAACAACUUAAGGAAAUGUAUUCAAAUUAUUGUCACUGUUUACACAAUAGGCUCUUUCGAGUGAAUUUCUAGUUCAGAGAAAUAUGAAGUCGCCUUCUCAUUCAGGUAACAUCAGCGCCAGCCAAUAGGAGCGCUCAGACACUCAGGCUAAUAUUCAUACUACACAUACUGUACUUGAUAGCAUGCGGGAAAUAGCGCGCGAUGUAAUGCUGUGGCAUACUACUUAGUAUAGUAGUACACUAGUAUGCGGUUUCAGACACAUCCGCUCUCGUUUACAAACAAAAAGAGAGGUAGAGAGAGAGAGAGGUAGAGAGAGAGAGAGAGGGAGAGAGAGAGAGGCGGAACCCGGUACCGAAGCACACCUUCCUAGUAAGAGAAGAGCUUGAAGCUUGAAGCGACGAAGGAAAGAGGAGGAGAGAGGAGAGAGGAGGAGGAGGAGAGAGGAGAGAGGAGGACGGUUUGAAAGCGAACGGCUCGCAGAAGGGGCAGGUGGAAGUCAACGCCGACCCACCUCCGCUUGGCGGUCUCGAACGGACCUCGGUGGAAAACCGGUUUUAACCUCAGUUGAAAUAUUUUUUAUUUAUUUAAAAAAAAAAAAACAACACACACACACACCAGAAACUACAUGCAUUUCGGCUGUCCGUAAGGAAGUCAUCCCCUCCAAGAAGAGAAAUGGAAAACGCUCACACUAAAUCCGCGUCCGAAGUUUUAAAACACUUCGACGUGAACGAAAACAACGGGCUGACGCCGGAGCAGGUCAAAACCAAUUUGGAGAAAUAUGGACCGAACGAACUCCCAGCAGAGGAAGGGAAGUCUCUCUGGGAGCUGGUGGUGGAGCAGUUCGAGGAUCUCCUCGUCAGAAUUCUGCUGCUCGCUGCCUGCGUGUCAUUCGUGCUGGCGCUGUUUGAAGAAGGCGAGGAGUCCACUACGGCUUUUGUGGAGCCUAUAGUCAUCCUGCUGAUCCUGGUUGCCAAUGCAGUCAUUGGAGUUUGGCAGGAGCGUAAUGCGGAGAAUGCCAUUGAAGCUCUGAAAGAGUACGAGCCAGAGAUGGGCAAAGUGUACCGCAUGAACCGCAAGGCUGUGCAGAGAAUCAAGGCUCGGGAUAUUGUGCCAGGAGACAUUGUGGAGGUGGCAAUUGGAGACAAGGUGCCUGCUGAUAUCCGUAUCGUCUCUAUAAAAUCUACUACUCUCCGAGUGGACCAGUCCAUCCUCACAGGCGAGUCGGUAUCUGUUAUCAAACACACUGACCCAGUGCCUGAUCCACGAGCAGUUAAUCAAGAUAAGAAGAACAUGUUGUUUUCCGGCACCAACAUCGCUGCAGGCCGAGCCAUCGGCGUAGUGGUCUGCACCGGCGUCUCCACCGAGAUCGGCAAGAUCCGUAACCAGAUGGCGAGCACGGAGCAAGAGAAAACUCCGCUGCAGCAGAAGCUGGACGAGUUUGGCCAGCAGCUCUCCAAAGUCAUCUCGCUCAUCUGCGUCGCAGUUUGGCUCAUCAACAUCGGCCACUUCAGCGACCCCGUGCAUGGCGGCUCCUGGUUCCGUGGCGCCAUCUACUACUUCAAGAUCGCCGUGGCCCUGGCUGUGGCUGCCAUCCCCGAGGGUCUUCCCGCCGUCAUCACCACCUGUCUGGCUCUGGGCACACGCCGCAUGGCCAAGAAGAACGCCAUCGUGCGCUCACUGCCCUCUGUGGAGACACUGGGCUGCACCUCGGUCAUCUGCUCUGACAAGACAGGAACUCUUACGACCAAUCAGAUGUCUGUGUGUAGGAUGUUUGUGCUAGAUAAAGCAGACAGCUCCAGGUGUUCCCUCCAUGAGUUCACCAUCACGGGAUCCACCUAUGCUCCAGAAGGACAAGUGCUGAAAGCUGAAAAACCCGUUACGUGCGGCGAGUAUGACGGCCUCAUUGAACUGGCCACAAUCUGCUCCAUGUGUAAUGACUCUUCUCUGGACUACAAUGAGGCGAAAGGAGUCUACGAGAAGGUGGGUGAAGCCACAGAAACAGCGCUCACCACCCUGGUCGAGAAGAUGAACGUCUUCAGGACCGACGUGUCCAGCAUCAGCAAAGUGGAGAGGGCAGGAAUCUGCAAUGGGGUAAUCAGGAAGCUGAUGAAUAAGGAGUUCACCCUGGAGUUUUCUCGGGACAGGAAGUCCAUGUCUGUGUACUGCACGCCCACUAAGGCCGGCGUCCAGAGCAGGAUGUUUGUUAAGGGAGCACCAGAGAGCGUGAUUGAGCGGUGCACACAUGUACGGGUGGGCACGGGGAAGGUGCAGCUGACUAUGGCUGUGAAGGAGGAGCUGAUGGGGACGAUCAGAGAGUGGGGCACGGGCAAGGACACACUGCGCUGUCUGGCACUGGCCACACGGGACACCCCCCCUCGCAAGGAGCAGAUGGACCUGGAGAACUCGGCCAAGUUCUCAGAGUAUGAGUCGGACCUAACCUUCGUCGGUUGCGUGGGCAUGUUGGACCCACCUAGGAAGGAGGUGAUCGGCUCAGUGAAGCUGUGCAGUGAGGCAGGCAUCCGCGUCAUCAUGAUCACGGGAGACAACAAGGGCACGGCUGUGGCCAUAUGCAGGCGCAUCGGGAUCUUCUCGGAGGAUGAGGACGUCGAGGGCAAGGCGUACACGGGUCGUGAGUUUGACGACCUCUCUGUCGAGGCACAGAGAGAGGCGGUGAAACGUGCACGCUGCUUCGCUCGUGUUGAACCCGCACACAAGUCCAAGAUCGUGGCCUACCUGCAGUCCUUUGAUGAGAUUACAGCCAUGACUGGCGAUGGUGUGAACGACGCCCCUGCUCUGAAGAAGGCCGAAAUUGGCAUCGCCAUGGGCUCAGGCACGGCCGUGGCCAAGUCCGCCUCCGAAAUGGUGCUCUCCGACGACAACUUCUCCACCAUCGUGGCCGCUGUGGAGGAGGGCCGAGCCAUCUACAACAACAUGAAGCAGUUCAUCCGCUACCUCAUCUCCUCGAACGUGGGAGAGGUCGUCUGCAUCUUCCUGACUGCCAUCCUGGGUCUUCCUGAGGCUCUGAUCCCUGUGCAGCUGCUGUGGGUGAAUCUGGUAACAGAUGGUCUGCCUGCCACAGCGCUGGGCUUUAACCCCCCUGACCUGGACAUCAUGGUGAAGCCUCCUCGCAACCCCAAAGAGCCACUAAUCUCCGGCUGGCUCUUCUUCAGAUACCUCGCCAUCGGAGGGUAUGUGGGACUGGGAACAGUUGGUGCUGCCACCUGGUGGUACCUGUAUGAUGAACACGGUCCACAGGUGUCUUUCCAGCAGCUGCGUCACUUCAUGCAGUGUACUGAGGAUAAUCCCAUGUUCGAGGGCAUCGACUGUGAAGUGUUUGAGUCCCGCUAUCCUACCACCAUGGCCCUCUCUGUGCUCGUUACUAUAGAGAUGUUUAACGCAUUGAACAGUCUUUCAGAAAACCAGUCUCUGCUAAGGAUGCCUCCAUGGGUUAAUGUCUGGCUUUUGGGAGCCAUCUUACUCUCCCUGUCUCUCCAUUUUCUCAUAUUGUAUGUGGAGCCACUACCACUGAUAUUUCAGGUCACUCCUCUCUGCUGCUCCCAGUGGAUCGUUGUCCUCAAGAUCUCCUUCCCUGUCAUCCUCUUGGACGAGGCACUCAAGUACAUCUCCCGACACCAUUUAGAAGGGGAAGAGGAGGCGAGGUACAGGAAGAGUCGGCAGCUGAAAUUCUAGGACGGCUCCUCUUGCUCCAGCACACACACUCGGACACACGCACAUACACUCAUUCUCUUUUCCCCAUUUCCUUUUUAUGAUAUAUCAGACAGCACUCACACACUCCUGUUUGCCUCUCUUCUCUAAAUCAUCCUACCUGCAGGCCCGGUCACCACUAGAAACAAUCUGGGCUGUGUCUGAGUGCGUGAGUGUCUGAGUGCGUGAGUGUCUGAGUGUCUGAGUGCGUGAGUGUCUGAGUGCGUGAGUGUCUGAGUGCGUGAGUGUCUGCACCUGUGUGAGUGUGUAUUGUCGUGUAACAGCACAAACAUGGCCUCCAUAACACAAUGUUGCGUGAUAAACCGUGAAAGUUCGUUAGGGAUUCUCUUUUAUUUGGCUUCUUGGCUUCCAUGCAGUAGAUAUUAGUGCAAUAACUGGAGCUAGAACUGGGAGAGCAGAGGAAAAGGUCACAGUUUAAAGGUCACGUUGUGUUUUGCUUGUUGAAUUAAGAUUUUGGAUCACGUUCAAGCCACAGAUGGACAGUUCAUUCCAUCCCAGGGCCGUGGGAGGUGCAGGAAGAGAAACGCCAUCUGGACAGCUCCAUGUCCGUGUGUGUGUGUGUGUGUGUGUGUGUGUGUGUGUGUGUGUGUGUGUGUGUGUGUGUGUGUGUGCAGGGACAGAUGCAAGGCCAGUUUAAUUGACUAGUCACCUAUAGUCUCACACCAUGUACAUUAUUUGUUUAAGGCGCAUUUCCACCGAGGUCAAAGCACCUUGUUAUUGAAGCUGUGGUGUCCCUUUUUUGAUUUUACAUUAUUGUGUGAAUAUGAACAAUUCAUGUAGGUUUCAAAAGCAAUUUCACAUGUUUUUGUCACAAAUUUGCCAGUUCUGUGCCAUUUUGAAUAGAAAACGUUUUAGUAAUCAGUUGUCAUUCUUUGAAGAUUGCAGUUGACCAAUAAGCAGCAUUCGGCAUGGCAAGCCCCCCCCCCCCAAUAGUACAAAAAGUAUCUAAGAUCAAGCAGGAGUUAAAAAGGUUCAUGGAUCUGGUGGAAAAAUCCCGGGUUCCUGAAACUGUUCUCUUGAGUGGAGAUGCUCUAAAAGUUCCUGUACCCCUGAAAGCAUCCUAGCCACCUAUAAACAUUUCUGGGUACCUUUAAAAGUUCCUUUGGUGGAAAUGCGCCUUUUUUUUUUUUUUUUUUUAAACUCCAAAGCCUCAAAAUUGUUCCGAAGUUUUUUAGUUAAAGACUCCCAGCUGCGGUUUUACAGCGUUUUACAGACGAGCAGCUCCAGGGAGUCUGUAGGCCCAAGUUGGUGAUGUUUACCCACGAGCACUUCAUUUUUUGCUUGUUUACUUACCCUGAAAUGUCCUGAUAGACCUAUCAUCUGUGUUUUCUUGGGAAUCGUGCUGAGGGGUCGUUUAGCUGAGUCACGUAGCUCUUUAUUUGACACGCGUAAAUCGACUGACUCUGAAGCGAACAGGCUCUCUAACAGGCUCCUUCUCUCGUUUCACAUUUUAUAUGAAUUUCACAGGAACACUAGUCACCAGGAGCUGCUAGCAAACCCAUUUCCAAAGAAAAGGAUUGAUUCCUGUUAGUGAGUGAGAGAAAGAGGAUGUAGAGCUGUAAAGAAGGUUCAGAAAAUAGCGCAGUUCCGUGUAAAAUAUAAUCUGCAAGAAGCCUCAGCAUGUAUAAACAUACCUGAAGCCUUUUACGCUAGGAUAAGGAUACACACCCACAUGGGAGGAGAGGGUGCCUCUUUGCUUUUAACACACACACACACACACACACACACACACACUGAGAGAGAGAGAGAGAGAGAGAAAGAAACACAUUUAAAUAUACAGAGCAAGGUGUCUUAUGAAUGUAUGUUCACUUCCUUAUGAAUGCGAAACUGCUUUUAUUUGUUUUUCUUUUUAUUUGAAACUGGUUUGCUUCUACUCAUAUCUUUUUCGUACCCAUUUCAACCUCAAGUUCCGUUCAGACGGAAUUCAUUUCAUCGUCUAAAAAAUCUCUGGAGUUUUACUGUUGACAGACUCGCCACCUCCUCCAGUGCUUCUCCAACCUAGCUCCGUGGGAUUUUUUUUUUCGUGUGUGUGUGUGGUUUUUUUUUAUGAAUAUCAGUAAUAAUAAUAAUAAUAAUGUAUUUGACUGAAAGAACCCAGGUGGUUUAUUUAGCUUGUCCAUUUUGCUGUUCAAGGUGUAAUGCUCUCAAUAUCUGAUUAUGGGCCUCUGUGUGUGUGUGUGUUUGUGUGUGUGUGUGUGUGUGAGAGAGUGCGAGUGUGCGCGCAGGGAUUUAGCAGAGCAGCUACUUCCAUUGCCUAUGUGCCACUAUGUUGACCUUGAUAAUAUAGAUAUUGGGAGAUGUAAUGUAAUAUCUGUCCAAGUCUUGAUGCACUUCUCAUUGUGACAGAUGUGCUUAUGUGAAACGUAUAGCCUACAGUGUGUCGGCGGCCAUUUUAUAAAAAAGUCUUUAUGACAGCAGUCUUUUUAGCUCUAUGUACCGGUUUGAAAAAAAAAAUCAUCCAUAUACCGGUUUGAACUGCUCUGGCAGAACUUUGAGAAACAUCGGGCAUCAUCUACAGAGUGGCUGGUUUGUGUUGUACAUCUGUUCGAUUCGGAAUAAACAGACUGUAGAACUCAAAGCCCAGCGUACUGACAUAACGGCAAUAAGGCCUCGUCCCCUCACUGUGGCUACACAAACCACUGGCAGUCCAAGCAACAGAAACCAUGGGCUUGUACAGCCUCGCUAAUUACUACUGAUCUCUUUCCAAUCUGUACAGGAGAAAAAAAGAUUGCAUGGAACCUUGUUACUGUAAUUAAUAACCUAUACAGUAUGUAAUAUUUAAGUUUUUUUUAAAAAAAAAACUUAACCUAUUUACCAGCAGCAAAAGAAAUGAAUGAUUUUUUUUUUUUCAAGGGCGUGGCAUCAGGGGAUCUUGUUCUGUUUGUGUAUAGCAGAGUUUGCUUAUUAAUAGUUUGCUUUUAAAGGUUGAUGGAGAUCUUUUACUUACUUAUUUUGUGCUUGAAAAGUUGUAAAAUAAAGUUAAGAAUCAUGCUAAUAAUAUUUGAGAAUUUUUUUUUUUUUUUUUUAAGUUGGUUUGAGAAUAGCUGAGAAUUUUUUUCCCCCAGAUCCUUUCAGCCCCUGUUCACUUCACCACUUAAACAAGAAUUUGUGUUCAGACUAAAAUGGUACAACAUCUAAUAAGCUAAAGCAAUGCACCUAGAUACAGAGUUAAUCAGAGUUAAAAUGAUGAUAAUAAAAGAACCACUUAAUGCGUGCAAUGUAUAUUUUAUAUAUAUAUAUAUAUAUAUAUAUAUAUAUAUAUAUAUAUAUAUAUAUAUAUAUAUAUAUAUAUAUAUAUAUAUGGAUGUAUAAGUUCUGUAAGAGAGGGAGGCAUGAGCAGGGGCUGAUUUGAGUUAUAUUCUGGUUUACACAUGCCAAUGUUGAAUGCUGGGUAAUGAAGUUUUUAAAGUGUGUACAUUUUGAAGGGCUUAGGGGUGGGUACAGUGGCUCCAGUGGCUCCAGAGGCCCGGGAUUGUAAUCGUGCAUCUGUGUACGUGUUUAUCAGAGAAAGGCAACAUCAUCUAAUUUAUUAAUAUUUUAUUCAUCAGUUGAUGCUGGCUAAUUAUUAAUUCACCAGAUUUCCUGCUAUAAAUGUUGACAGUUCUGAACUACUUUUUUUUUUUUUUUUUUUAACCUUCUGUUGUAGUAAAGACAUAAAGACAUCAUACAGUUGUCUAUGUGUUAACUGAUAAAUUGUCAAGCUUUACCUGGGAACCCUGUUUUAUGUGCACAGUUUCUGCUGAGCAGCAUCUGGAGCCUUGUACCCACUACUGAGUACGGAAUUUCUGCAUUGCAUUGGUAAUAUUGAUUGUGCAUACAUAAUUUUAUAUAUAUGAUAAAGACAUGGAAAUAAUAAAGAUUAUUUAUCUUGUUAUUUA